AUGCAUCUUCAGAGAACUGGGAAUGGCUCCCCUUUGCCCUCACCGGGCGGGGUGGAGGCCCAGGCCUGGGCUUGGGAGUCCUGGAGGCACAUCAGGGCCUUUCGAGGACACGGCUCCUGCUGCGGUCACUGCCCAGCCCGUUCCUCGCUUUGCAGGGUCAUCCCACGAGCAAAGCGGUACGCUUGUUCUUCCCACCUAGUUAGAAAAAAAGCAAAACAAGCCAGCCAGCCUCUUGCCCCAUCUCCUAUUCCCAGGACCUGCCGUUCCCACCCUUGUUUUCCUGCAAACCAGCUCCCACUGGGCUGUGGUCAAGGUCACCUCAGUGUAAGAGCCCUGGGCCAUUCCUUGGACCACACCUUGGCCAGAGCAGCCCGCCAUGGCCAGUCUCUCCCCACCUGUGUCCUCCAGGCUGCCCUCCUCCUCCCACCCUGGACACUGGUUCUAGGGCCUGGACCCCCGACCUGUCCACACUUGCUCCAGGGUGGCCUUCUGUCCACGAACAGCAAUUCCCAACGCCAAACAUCUCACCUGGGGGGGUCUGAUGGGCACCUCAGACUUGACCCCUGCUCCAGGGCGGGCAGCCCCCUCCUGCCCGGGGCUCAGACCAAAGCCCGGGAGUCCCUCUUGCCUCCUCUCACUUCUACCUGCAUCCCGUCCGUCCAGAAGUGCUGUGGACGGAACCGGCAGAAUGUUUCCAGAGGCCGUUUCCUCUCGCCCUGUCUCCACACGGAAGCGGGGACACGCCGCACCCCCACGGCUGCACACAGGCAGGUUUCCCGAGAGGCGGGAGCAGUGCGGCUCCGCAGUGCUCUGGGAAGUGGGUGGGAGCAGGGCGGCAGCCAGGAGGCGGCUCCACCGGGGACUCCCGCAAACGGCCUGCAGAGGCCGCAGACGGAAGGAACCCAGGCAGCAUUCCCACUCUCAUCCUAAAUACUCCCGUGUUGCGCCUCGUUUACACCCAACUGAACACCCGGGACUCUUCAUGGUCUCGUUAGAGAUCACCGCCCCCUCCCCCCGCCCCCCGGACAGGCACCUGCCCAUAGGGCUCUGUGUAGUCCCAGCCUGCUGACCCUCCGGCCCACAUGGCUCUGCGUCCCCUGCCCCGUAGGUCAGAAGGCGGGGACCCCUGCUCCGCCUCCACCCCGCCGCUGCUGCUUGGUGUUACCACUGCUCUCUCCCCAAACCCUCUGAGCGUCGGGCCGGGCUCUGUCCUGGGCCUGGCCCUGCCUGGCACGCGGAAGGCCCCGGAUACACUGCUGCGUGGAGGAUGUGGGGGUGCCAGGACCCCUCAACUGCUGCCAGGGGUGACCCGGGAGAUGCUCCAAGGCUGGUGGCCCAGGUUCCCCUCGGGGGGCACUGCCCCCCACUCGCCCCGUGCCCUGCCCCCGGCACCACACCGCCCCCAGCAGAAAGCAACCAGACGAGGUCUUCUGCUGUACUAAUGUAUUCCAUCUUUCAAAAAGAAAGACAUGAUUUUAAUAUUACUUAACAAUAUGUUAAAAAAGUAGCCAGGCAGGCCUCCGUGUUAAUACAGUCGUACACUCUCUAACAGACUUGAUGGUGUGAGUACUGGGUGGGGUUCUGUUUUUGAACUUUCUCAUUCUGCAAGGGGUCUUACACAAGCUGGCUACAAGUCAGGGGUUCGGACACAAACAGCGCAACGUGUACACUCUGAGACAGGAGGUUGUGCAGGAGAACGGAAGAGCGCCUGCCCGCCUGGCCCGCCUCGGUGGGGUGCAGGGCACACGAGAGCUGCGUGACGGCAGUGCCCCGGCGGGGACAGACGACAGGACAGGGCGAGAUGCAGAGGCAACGGCCACGUGGAUGAUGAAACGCGUCUCUGGCCACGACCCAGGCUCCGGGCUGCGCGGCGGCGAACCGGCGGGAGCUACUGUUCCAAUCCGACAGCACAGCGCUGGCCUCAGCGCCUCACUCACAGACACACGCACACGAGCUACCGGCGCGGGCCGAGCAGCGAGUCCUCGGUCUGGGGGUCUCAGGUGCGGCGGCCCACCCGGCCCAGCCCUGGGCAAGCACAGCAGCUCCGGGGCCUGGCCCACCUCCCGCGCGUCCCUCUCCAGGCGGUCCUCAUUCAGUGGGCAGCAAAAGUGGCUUUUUUCAAGCUAAAAUUGGACCAGUUGAUGGACAGUCUUUGUCGGGUCUGUCUAGCGGAAUCCAGACAGAAUCUGUGAAGACAAAGAGCCAAACAGUCAGCGAAGGAACAGCCCACAUGCGAGCUGGUGUCGGCAAAGCCUGGUGUCCUCCGGGGGGGUGGGGGGGCCCCCUCAGUGUGCCAGGCCCGGCGACAAGGUCCCCUCCACACCUGGCCACCCUUCAGAGCGGGGAAAGGCCCUCGGGAGGACAGGGACCCCCUUCUUCAGGACACUGGCCAGCACCCUCAAUGUCCUCUGGUGUCCUGUGUCCUUCUUAGCUGCCCAAAGGAAGUUUCUGAUGAGCCCAUCUGAGAACGUGCCAAUGGCCACCACCCACCCUUCUCCACGUGUUAAGCCGUGGAGAUCCCCUCUGCCCUCAUUUAUCCACGGACGCACGCGUGAGUGUGAUAUGGAACGGGACCUGGCACGGUGAGACUCGGCCACGGUGCUGCCCGCCGCCCCCAGGUCUCCAAGGCAGGCCUCCAGCCCUGGAGCCCAGCUCUGCUUCACCCCUGCACGCCCAACAGUGUUUGAAAAACACCACCUUCUGCUACCUGCUUCCCAGGCAAUAGUGGGUGAUUCUGUAUUAAAUGAGGAACACUUCCUUUCAACCGCCUAUACUUCGCAUAAUUUCUGAAGUUCUCACCUGUCCAGCUCUCAUGUGAGCAGCAACUUGAAUUAAGCCUGAAAAUGGUUACUGCUGUCACCCAGCCAGAAGCUGAAAUAUGUUCGUUUACAUGGCCGUUCAAUCGCCCACAAUUUCUUGUGCUGCCUGCCGGGCGGUCUGUGUCCGUCCCCGCCCUGCUCCCAAGAAUCCAGCCUCUCCUUCCCUGGCCACAGUUGGUCAAACCCCGAGUCCUAGUGGCGUCACCUUUUCAAGCUUCGGGAACUCCCCCCUCUGCCUCCCCCGCCCCCCUUGCUCUGGCGGUAGCUCCCAGGGGUCCCCAGCAGGCCACACCCCCCCGCGUCUCUCCACUCGCGUGGCUGGAACGCCCACAGGUGGCUCCGAGCCGAUGGAAGCAAGGCUCCCAGCGGCUCCCCCACCAGCGGCUCCCCCAGCACAGGGCCCAGGCCCCCAGCCGCCGGCUCUGCCUCCUUCCCAAACCCCUGGCUCCCCUGCACCCGACGCUUCAACACCCCCUGCCCAUCAGGCCUCCGUGUGGUCCUCUGUGGACCGUGUCACACACGCUGUGGACGUGCACCCAGGGGACUGGGACCAAGCCUGGGUCGCCACAGCCCCCCAGCCCAGGUCCGAAAGCCCGACCCCGCCGACCCCGCGGCACCUCGCUGUCCUCUCCCGGGAGGCAGCCCGCACCCUGGCGACUGUGACCAUCGCCCCACGAUCUCGCAGCCCCUCGCCCGUGUUUGCGUGUGAGGAUUUCUGAACCUACAGGAACAGAAUUGUCCUGUAUUUUUUUCUUACUGCUCGCAUUCAACACUAUGUUGUGCGAUUCCUCCACAAGGCCGCGGGGUGCUCGUUUCCAAGGCUCCAAGAGCUCACCCCGCGGAACGGACAGACAAGCGGACGUCGCUGCUCACGCGCGUCGGGAGCGCGGGGCUCCGUGCAACGGCCAGCUUCGACUUGACCCAAUUCCGCCAAACUUCCCCAUGGUCGCUGGAGCCACUCUGUGUCCCCCCCGGAGGGUGGGGGAGCCGCUGCCCCUGUGCGCCCAGCUCCCCAUCAGGCGGGAGGCCUCUCCACAGGCCCAUGGUCACAGUUUUCUGGGACAGCACAUCUGUCCACGCUGUUUGUUUUUUCCUGCUCUGUCAUGUUUAUCCGUUCCGAUACCAACCCUUCGUGAGGUGCUGCGCACACGGUCUCCUCACUUUCUUUAAAGAAUUGUUGAUUUUAAUGUCAUUUAUCAAUCUUUUAUUUUAUGGUUGGUGUUUUUAAGAAUCUUUCCCUACUCUGAGGUCAAAAAGAUACUCACCUGUAUUCCAAAUCAAAAGGUUUGCUUUUGACAUUUAGAAUCUUGACUCAUCUAGAGCUGACCUUUGGGUAGGAUAUGGGGGGCAGAUCCAAUUUAAAAGUUUUUCUUACAUAAACUUCCAUAGCUCCGUUUAUGAACACACCUUCAUUUCCACUGUCGAUCUGUCUUUUGUCAUAAACCAAAGCUCAGCGUUUGUAUAGUCUGUUUCUGGGCUCCGGAUUCUGCACGAAUAUCACAAUGUUUUCAUGAUCGUCUUUGUAAUGGGCAAGAAAAGCCGUCCGUUCUUCCUAUUCUUCUAGGAGGAUCAGAUUAAUCCUUUAGCAUAUGGUUUGAUUUCUGUGUGAACGUCACACACAUACAGGAGAGUAAAGAGACGUGUGCUCGGAAGGAAACUGAUAAGGCAAACACUGGGGAGCACAAGCAUCAAGCUGUGGGACAGUGCCUCCCGGCAGCCCCCACCCACCUCAGAAGUAAUCACCAUUCUGGCUUUUUAUGAUAAUUUCCUUGCUUUUAUUUAUAGUCUUAACACCUAUGUGCUGUAUAGUAUCCCUGAACGAUAGACUUAAUUUUUAAAA